AUGGCAGGCGAUGCGAUGCUGGCCAUGCCAAUGUCUCCUACACAGUCGACCAAGGAGUUUGGAAAUGCGGCGGUACAGUGGGCUUGCACGCGUCGAGGGAGGAUGAUGGUCUUGACGAUCACGCUUCUCACCAUUCUGCUGGGAUUGACUGGUAUGAGGCAUCAUGAGACCAUAUCUUCGCAAUACCAGAGCUUUUCCUCCUACUAUCCAUGGCGACCGUACCUUCCAACUUUGCCCGAUAUCGUGCACUCGCCCUUCAAGACCCCCUCGAAUACGACGCUGCAAAUCGAGAACGGUGAGCUCGACCACGUUCCACCAAAGCUCAAGAAAACGACUGCGAACUUCCACCUCCUCAUGCCAUCCGAGCGCGACACAGAUGGCUUCUGCAAAACGACCCUGUCUGCUAUGCUUCUCAACUACCCUCCGCCGACUGCAGUUCAGCUAUAUACCCCAUAUGACUCGGACAUCAAAUGGGAGAGGGGCAUAUUGAACAGCACACUUCACUACCUGAGUAAUGAGAAGCUGGUGAAGGACCAAGAUUUGAUACUCAUCGUGGACGGCCAGCAAUCAUGGUUCCAGCUGCCAAGCGAUGUGAUAGUCACCGAAUACAAGAGGCUGUUGGCAGAUGCGAACAUGCGGCUGCUGAAGAAGUAUGGCGUUGACAAGGAUGGCUACCAGAAGUUCAACCAGACAAUCGUAUUUGGCGCAGAGAAGAUGUGCGAAAGCGACGAUAUGGCCUGCAAGUACGUGCCGCAGUCGAUAUUACCGGACAACACAUACGGAACGGAGAACGGUCGUCGCAUAUCUGAUACCCCAGCGAAGUUUAUCCAUUCAAAAAUGGUCAUGGGCCCAGCGAGCGACUUGAAGAUACUGUAUCAAGCUGCACUAGAGAAGUUCAUGGAGGCUAGAAGUCAAUCGCAGACGGUUCAGUCUGUCUUCGCGACCCUGUUCGCUGAGCAACAGCUAAGAAGAGAUGCCGAGGAAGUUGCUUCGAAGCAUACCAGUGCCAAGGUCAAAGACUUCAUAACCGGUAGAGCAAGCAAGUCGGAAGCUGAGCGAAGACUGGAGCGAGCGAACGCCGAGCUCUCGAAUACUACACGACACGAGUUUUCCAUCGGAUUGGACUAUACCCAUGCGCUCUUCCAACCUUUGGAGUACUGCGUCGAAGACGAACUCGUUCCUCUUUUGCACGAUGACUCGUCCGACUUGUCGCAGUACAGUCGCUUCGACUCGAACAGCCAGUAUCUUUCCCUUCCAACUGCUCUCAACGAGACCAAGCCUCCAUUCUGGCGCCCAGACUUUGUCGAACACAACCCUUCUCCCAACGAGAAACCAGCAUACAUUGACAAUCUAGAGUUUACCCUGGAACUCGAUGGCCUGCCAAGCCGCAAGCUGCCCUGGGAAGGCGUUCCUCUAAUACAGAACACAUACUCCGGUUCCGUACCCGCCAUCAUUCUGAGCAGUUCUUCACCCUCUAGUGGCGAGCGUCCGCCAAUCGCAAACGUUAACUGGGAUAAUUUGUGGUAUGCAGGACAUGAACGUGCAAUGUUGAGAAAUUAUUUCCGCGCCCCUCAGUCUCCGAACGGAUACCACAACCACCUCGUAGGCGGCGACCGCUACUGGGACAACCGUGGAGGACGAGGCGGUAUAUGGACUGAAGCCGAGCAGAUCUGGUACCCCUGGGGCGAAGUCGACGGCGUAUGUGGAACCUUGCCACAACUGCAACAAAUUUUCCAAGACGGCAAGGGUGUGUGGUUGCACGAGAUGGAGCAAGACAAUGAGCAGGGCCGUCUCAACGAGCAAGACGAAUUUCUGAAACAGAAAGAGGAAGCAAGACUUAAGGACAUUAUGGAGCUGAUGAAGAUGGAGAAUGAGGAGAAGGAGAAGGAGGAGAAAGCGCAGAAAGAGAAGAUUGACUUUGAGAGGUUGAAGGAGCUUCAGGGGACUCAAGUUGAAGGUGGGAAGCCAGUUGAGAGGAGGAAGAAAAGAUGGGACAUUGGGGAGGAGUGUGUGAGGUAUUGUUAG